UUGUAAAAACACAUCCUACGUCAUUACGUCGUGUUUGAACGUGGCGGCGCGUAUUACCUAGCAGCAGAUCAGCCCACCUAAAGUUCUCCUGUAGCUCGGUAGAUCAGUUUUAUGGUUAAAUUAAAGGUAUGAGAACAAAACACAUCAUGUUUAUACACAGUUACUGAAUGGCUCUAAAGGUUUCAGUAAGUUUUUGGAGUCGAUACGGCUUCUUUCAUCUUGAUAUCUCAUGACUGCGAUGACCUGUAAACUAAGUGGCCUGUUCAGCAUUGGUGAUGACUUUGAUGAUGAGGAACUGCUCGGGACAGACUGGGCUGUCCACUCAGCGUCUGGACCAGCCGAUGUGGCAGCUGUCGUGUCAUCCUGCACACUGCGGGCUUCCUCUGUUUCUCACAGAGAGCCGGAGAAAAACUGCCUUCAGAAGCGAGCUGGAGAGAGAUCAGCUGCCCUGUGUAAUGGCACAGCAUCAAGCAGCAGCACGCACACUGCUGCUGGACAAACUGUUGCUCUGGGUUUGAGGCAGCCCUGCACUUCCACUUCCUCCUCCUCCUCCUCCUCCUUCGCUCAGCCCCGUCCUCCCACACUAAAUACCUCUCAGCCUAAUUUGGCAUCGAAACAGAGUCCAGAGAAGCCCUGCGUGGCUCAGGAUGAUUUUGAUGACUGGGAUGUUGAUCUGGCAGACCUGGAGGAGUGUGACCGCCAGAUGGGGCAGCCUCCUGCUCCAACCCCACCUGCUCCCGCGGUCGAUCCUGCAUCUUCAGCCAAAGCACUGCGACCCCCGACCUGUGGGGGGAUUCAGACACAACCUAAUCGGACCCUGAGAGACUUCAGCACUCCGCGCCAGGCUUCUGGCUCGUUUGGUCUUAACGUGCCUCCUCGGACCUCCUCCGCUCCUCUUCUGCGAUCUCCAAAUCCUCGCCCUUCUUUCCUGUCAGCCCCUCCACAGAGUCCUGGUGUUUUCCCUGGUCUUACUACGUCUUCUCCUGCCCCUAGCCCCAUUUCCAGGACACUAAACAGGCCUCAGAGACCGUGGGCAACUCCCGGACCCUCCCCUCAGGGCCCCCGCGGCCUCUUUGAGACAGUCUCCCCAGCGCCCUCUUCCUCCCCCUCCACACUGAGCCCUCAUCCACUUCACACACCGGUCCUCACCAACCACCUGGUCCAGCUGGUAUCAGCCUCUAAUAAGCUUCCUCAGAAGAGGCCUCGCUCUGAGCUUCACCGGCCCAGGACCCGACGCUUCCCCGGCCCCGCUGGAUUCCUGCCACAGCAGAUGCAGGGUCAGAACCUGGACGACAUCGUGGUUUCUGUCCCUCAGACUCCUGCUCACGGUGCUGUGGCCCGAUCGCCAAGCCAGGGCUCCAGCUCUCAGACCGAAGAAGACGAGUUCAGCGGCGGUGCCUGGGCAGCGAUGAAGGCAGAGAUGGGGUUGGAUGAGAGGAACCCCUCGUGCUUCCUGCACUCCUACAGCGUAGUCAUGGUGAUCCGGAAGGCUGCACUGAAACAGCUGGCGAAGAACAAAGUGCCCAACAUGGCCGUGCUCCUGAAGAGCAUCAUCCACACACACGCCGAUGCCAAGGCUGUGUUUAAAGACCCAACAGGGGAGAUUCAGGGAACAGUUCAUCGGCGUCUCCUAGAGGACCGCGUGGAGGAGCUGAAGGUCGGAGCUGUACUCCUGCUCAAACAAGUGGGCGUGUUUUCCCCCUCCCAUCGUAACCAUUACCUGAACGUGACACCCAACAACCUGCUGAGGAUCUACGCCCCGGAUGGAGUCAGUCUGUCCUCCACUCAGCUCCCCCCGCUCGUCCUGGAGCCGAUGUCACCCUCUGGUCCUCCCGCCGCCGUCCACCGGGAGCCCGUGUCUCAGAUGCAGCUGGUGUUUGACGAGGACAAUGAUGAGGGACAAGAAAGAGGCGAAGACCCUAAAGCCCCAAGAGACACUAGAGCCGGCUCCAGCAGAGGCCCCCAAGAGCCUCCUGGGAAGCCAGCGCCGCAGGACUCAGGCUGGGAUGCAGAUGAUGACCUGGAUGAACUCCUGGGAGAGUUACCUGAGGACACUUACAGCCUCUGACAUUACAUCAGCCAACCCCUCUGUACAGACUGUCUCCACUGACUGCACCACAGUAAAGAUGUUAUCCUUUUGUUUUCUCUUUAAAAUGAUAAUUAUCCAACUACUGAAGAACUUGUGAAAAUGUGUAUAUGUUGUAAAGACUUGUUUUCCUUUCCUCGACUGUGUUCGAUAUCCAGUUCAUAAAUAGCACAGAGAAUCGUCUUGACUUAAUUAGUUGUUACUGUGUCAUUUCUAUGCAUCACUGAUGACUGAUGUGUUAUAAGAGGCAGUCUCUCGAAGCCAACACAUGCUCAUUAAUUAAUUACAAAAAGCUCCGAAAAAUCAGCUCUGUUUGAUUUCAGCUUCUUAAAUUCUCCUAAAGAAUAUAAUUAGUCUGAGAUUGUUUGUGUGUUAGGGAUGCAGCCUCCUCCCUUUCAUUGUUAGCCAUUGUUGCACUCUACUUCAGUGACCUUGAAAUAAACAACUAAUCUACACACGGCAUUGAUUUGCUAAUCAGGCAAAA